AAUUCUUAUUCUACAUCACUGACUUUAGUUUAGUCCUUUUAGUUUUAGAAAGAGUAAACUGUAAACAUGUUAAACAUGUUAAAUUAUCGUACUCAUUAAAAUAUUUCUCUGCUUUUUAAUUUUAUUGGAUUGAUUAUGCUAUCUCUCAGAUCUAUUCUUCUGAGGACAGCCAGUUCAGGUAAAAGACUUGUCGUUUUCAAAAUGGCAGCUCGUUCUUCAAGUCUUGGAGGAUCACUAUCUUCACCUGUCAAAUCACCAACGCUGCAGUUUUAUAGGCGACCAUUGCCUACAACUUGUAUUGACUUUGCUUCAGAUGAAGGAAAAUUAAUCUUCUCACAAGCUUUAGCUGCUGGAUAUAUGAAUUCAUUUUUUAAACUAUGCUCACAGUAUCGUACUCAGGAUGAACCAGCAUAUUGUGGCUUAACAUCACUCGUGAUGGCUCUUAAUGUUUUAGAGAUAGACCCUGGUAGAGUCUGGAAAGGGCCUUGGCGGUGGUACCAUGAAGAUAUGUUGGAUUGUUGUACAUCUCUGCAAGUUGCUAGAGAAAAAGGCAUCAACAUGGAACAGUUUGUCUGCUUGGCUAGGUGUAACAAUCUUGCAGCGAUGUCUGUGCUGGGAUCAGAAAUUAACUCUAUAGAACACCUCAGGGAGGAGAUUAAAGCAGCAACUGUAAGAGAAGAUGUUGUGUUGGUGGCAUCAUACUCUAGAAAAUCCCUAGGGCAGACUGGUACAGGACACUUUUCCCCAAUAGCAGGCUAUCAUGAGGGUAGAGAUCUGGUUCUCAUUCUUGACACUGCAAGAUUCAAGUACCCACCUCACUGGGUAUCUGUAGCAACACUGCUGGAAGCCAUGAAAACAAUUGACCCAGAAACUGGAAGAUCUCGAGGCUACAUUAUUCUGUCAAGUGCCACCAACCAGCCUAGUCUCCUGUUGUUUCGCCCUUCAUAUGCCUUUACCAUUGACAAGCAGAAGGGGAAGUACUGUUCACAGUUAAUUGACUUCGCACAAGAAUGGACGGAUCGUCUUAGUGUUGUAUCAGGAAAGCUCCAAAGUCCUAAAGAGAUUAUUGAACUGGCAAUAAAAAAUAUGCAAGAAAUUCAGAGUAGAGAGAACUUGUUCAUCAGCAUGUUCAGCUUGACGCUACCCUAUGAACAAAGCGACUCUGACAUUUUUGUUGUGCCCUGCCCACAAGCAGUGAAAGGCGAGGAAAAAGUUGCCUGCAUCAUAAAACAGUUGCUGAAUGAGAUAGAGAAAUUAGAAACUUUUAAAGUUGCCAAAGAGUAUUUCAGAAACAAGUCCAUGGAAGAAAAAUCUAAAUUUAUGUCGUAUAUUCAGUCACCUGACCUAGGCCUUGACCUUAGCACUGUUGAGUCUGACUCUGACAGCUGUUGUAAAUCAGACUGCAGCGACCACGCUAGCGUCCCAUGCUGUAAAGCCAAAAAUUCAAGUCAUGAAAUUAGCCACGCCUAUUCUGAUUGUGGUAGUUCUAAAACCAAGCCAAUUAUAAGUGCCUUUGCAGUGGACUCAGCCAUUGAAACACAAUGUUCAGCAUGUGAAGGCGUGAUCGCCAUCGGACCGGAGCAUGCAGCGACACUAUUCCUCCAGGUUUGGCCGCAUGUGCUUUUCCCCGUCAACAAACCAGCAGUUACAUCACACCAGUGCAGCAGUGCGUUGGACCAAACAGCGGUCAGUACAGAGGAGGCUGAGAGUAAAACACUAGGUCAGGCACUGGUUGAGUUCAUUUCUUCAGAUCUUAGUAGAACUGGUGGCCGGUACGUACGGGACGAAAUUGGCACAAUCAAGGUAAAGAUUAGAGAAGUUUUACGAUAUCACACCCAGGGGUUUGUCACAUGUUGUGACCGAGCCCACUCAGUCACAUGAUCAUUUUGUUUUGUAUUGGUGUUUACAGUAGGAUCAAAUUGGCACAAUCAAGGUAAAGAGUAGAGAAGUUUUACGAUAUCACACCCAGGGGUUUGUCACUUGUUGUGACCGAGCCCACUUAGUCACAUGAUUGUUUUGUUUUGUAUUGGUGUUUAUAGUAGGAUCAAACUAUUUUUACCUUUUUUUUAAUGUAAAUAAAGCUUAUGUUAAAAACAAUCACUUAUUUAUAAGACAGAAAACAAAGAUUUUCUUGAUAGAUUUUUUUUGUAUAUCUUGUUCAGUUAAAAUGUUGGUCAUAUGUUAAAAGUUUGUUAGUGUAAAUUCAUACAUUGAUAUUAAUAUGUGAUUUAUGCUGUAAUCAUUCUAUUUGUUAAAACUGUUGUUGAUGUAAGUUUUUACAAUACCGGUACUUAUAAUACAUGGUUUGUUGCAACUAGAAUAGAAAGUCUGUUUCUGUGUAAUGACUCAUUUUUAUCCACUUAACAAAUCAAGUCAGGCAAUGUCUUUGAAUUAAUUAAUUUAAUAUUUUUAAAAUUAAAACAUAAGGUUUACUUGCUUUAACACAACUGUACCUUUAAAAUAUGCUUAUUUCUGGUGUUUGUAAAUAAUUUAGUUUUUUUUAACAGUUUAACUAACUGUCACUGCUGAAGUAUUUGUUGAUUAUAUUAUGCAACAUUUAUUUAUUUAGAAUAAAAUAGUCCAAAGAAUAUUUGAUUACUUUUGCUUUUUAUUAUCAAUACAAAUUUGAAAUACAUAAAGUAUUUACACAGGGAUUUAUAUGACGAGUAGGGUAUUUGACAAUAAUUUCUUUAUGAUACAGUACUUUUAAUAACACUUAGUUAUUCCUUUAUUAACUUAGUUUUAAAUUGCUUAAAAACAGAAUAAAACGACAUAUACUAUUUGUGGACAGACUUUUGACUAAUGUGUAUUUUAUAUAUUAUUUGAACUUGGAUGCAAUCUUUGUAAUUAUUUUUAUGAUGCAGAACAUAAUUCUCUCAAUUUUAUUUAUUUGAUAUUCAUAUCAGAUUUUUUCCCCUUUAUUUACUGCUACUGAGCUUUGUUUAAUAAUUCUUAUUUAAUGUACAUUUCAAUGUACAAUUAAUUUAAAUGCAGGUAUAAUCUGAAAGAAAUGUAUAUCUUUCUUAUUUAGAUUUAUUUAUACUUAUGUAAAAUCAACUUUUGUGCUGUAAUUAUUAAUUAUCAAGUUUAAAUGAGCAUUAGUCUGUUUCUGUGAUACAAACAUUUGUAGUUCAAUGACUUUG